UGUCUGCUCUGUCUGCUCAGCCUCCUUUCAGCGGUAGACGGUUGCCUCGCGCACGACUAAGCGUUUUUUGUUGUGAGACGCUGAGGGUUGCGGAGUCAUGGGUAAGCUUAAGGAAUUCGAUAUUACUUUCACCAACAACAAAGUGGUCUACAGCCCUGGCGAAUCCAUAAGUGGGUCUGUGAAAAUUACAACCGGUACCUCACUGCAAUAUAAGGCCAUUAAGGUGAACUGCCUGGGAUCAUGUGGGGUCUCCAACAAAAUGAACGACAUGUCAUGGACACUGGAAGAGCAAUACUUCAGCAGCACACUGUCUGUAGCUGACAAAGGUACACUGGCAGCUGGCGAGCACAGCUUCCCCUUUCAAUUUCUCAUUCCAGUGGCUGCCCCGACCUCCUUUGAAGGGCCCUUUGGGAAGAUUGUUUACCGUGUGAGAGCCAUCAUAGACACACCUCGCUUCUCCAAGGACUACAAGGCCCAGAGGCCCUUCUACCUACUUAACCUGCUCAACCUCAACCAAGUGCCCAACAUUGAGCAACCCAGUUAUGCUGUGACCACUAAGAGGUUCAGCUACCUCCUGGUGAAGACGGGCACCCUCAUGAUGAAGGCUUGCAGUGACCAGAGGGGAUACACACCAGGCCAGAUCAUCAGACUAGCCACUGAGAUCCACAACAAGUCAGGCAAGGACACGGGCUGCGUGCUGGCCAGCCUCAUACAGAAAGUGACUUAUAAGACCAAACGGGCUGUUUUCGACCUGCGGACCAUAGCAGAGGUAGAGGGGGCGGGAGUGAAGGCGGGGAAACACGCUGAGUGGCGGGAGCAAAUCAUCGUACCGCCCCUACCCCAGUCUGUCCUGGCCGGCUGUAGCCUUAUAGAGAUCGAUUACUUCAUCCAGGUAUCACUAAAGUCCCCCGAGACAGUUGUCACUUUACCCAUCUACAUCGGGAACAUCGCUGUCAACUUGAUCCCGUCACGACCUAUGCCCUCAACUCCAGCCCCAACAACCAUCAGCCCCAACCCCGGCCCAGAAGGGGUUACCCCGAGCGCGCCCCCGGCUGAGGAGGACUUGGAGGAGGUGUUGGGUGCAGGGGGUUCAGUCAGCGAGGAGAUCCCCACAAAGAGUCACUCCCAGCAGGACCAAUCCGGCCAGCCCCCCACCAUGUCCCCCAGUGCAUUCAGCUAUGCUCCCGGUGUAGAUUUCCCCCUCAGCCAGCGACGUGCCAAUGACACCUCAACGCCUCUGUUCUGUGUGUCUACUGGGGCCACCAUCCCCUUCUUCACAGAAGGAAACGCCACCCCAGUGCCCACGUCCUGUCCUCUCACUCCCCCUGAGUACAGCACCUGGGACUUCACACAUGAACCCCCUCCCACAUAUGAGGAGAGCUGCAGCAGUAACAACUCCAGCUUCAACAACAGCAGACCGCAGGAGUGAGGACUGAGCAUAAUGCAGCUCACAACCACAAUUACACUCCCUAAAGGACCAAUAGGAUACUGCAACCCUUUCUCCAAGUGCACAGAACUUGCUCUCCUCCUAAAUAUUACUUUUAAAUAUAUUUUUUAAAGGGAUCAUAUAAGAUUUUGUAUUAUAGUUUAUACCCCCUUCUCCCUGGCUUAAAGGACCUGCUGUUAUAAAGAUGGAAUGAGAGUGCAAAUUCCCUGUGCAAAACAGGAGGACUUCAGAGAUAACUUAUAGAAGGUAGGAUAUUCCAUAAUUGGAGUCUAUUGGAGACUAAACAUAGUGGGUAAUACAAAUUGUGAAUAUUCUUGCAUUGUUGACUUGAAAUUGUUGUAGGCCUGCUACUAUAUCUCCUUUUUCAUCCUUCAAACACAACCAAAAUCUGGUCUUUAUUGUAGUUUCCUUCCAAAUGUGCACACUACUGUAAUUCCGAUCCACUUCCACCGCAGUGGCUCCCUCUUUUGAUGAGUGGAGUAGGGGUGGCCUAGCUGGACAUGAGGUUCUUAGCAUGUCUACCUCCUGGUGGCCAUCAACGGAAGAGAAUGGAGCCUAUUGGAAAAGCUUCAGAUCUUCACUUAAGUUCAAUGAUGCCUGCUGACGAAGAACAUACUCCAUCAACCUGUGAUCUACUGACAAGGAGCUUCUGGAAUGUGCAUCUUAUCUUGUCACACCUCGUCAUCCUGAAACAGACAAGCGGGACAUUGUACUCUUGGGUAUGCAGGGGAACUGACGUAGCAAGGGUUGAUAUGCAUUUAUGACAUCUGAUGCAAACACCAACUUUUCUUUCACCUUCUUUACCCUGAAUUAAUGGAGAUGAUCUGUUGAUUUUCCCCAUGUGGCCUUAACUCAGUCUGUUCUAACUACAUUACUAUGUGCUGAUGAAGACAGUUGUCUUCAGGGUUGCUGUUGCUUUUGAAAUGGCAGUCCAUGCUGAUCAAAUGUGUUGGUGUGACAACCAACAGUGUUAAAUGUUCAAGCACAAGACAGCACUUUUUGACAGUUUGAAAACUGUGCAUGUAUCUGUUUUUGUGUGUGAAUGAGUAUAUAGUGUACCAGUUUGUGUGUGAAUGAGUAUAUAGUGUACCAGUUUGUGUGUGAAUGAGUAUAUAGUGUACCAGUUUGUGUGUGAAUGGGUAUAUAGUGUACCAGUUUGUGUGUGAAUGGGUAUAUAGUGUACCAGUUUGUGUGUGAAUGGGUAUAUAGUGUACCAGUUUGUGUGUGAAUGGGUAUAUAGUGUACCAGUUUGUGUGUGAAUGGGUAUAAAGUGUACCAGUUUGUGUGUGGCUGAUCGCCCCUCCUGUCUUUGAUAGUUGAUAGCGUUGGACAUCUCAAUUUGAAAGCCAAACAUCAGGCAACAUCAUCCACUCUGUUUGUAUGAGUGUUUGUUUUGUAUGUCUGUCUGUCUUGUUUCUGUCUCAAUUACAGCAUCCUUUUCUAUUUGUAAGCCAACCUCAUUGUGGCUUAUGUAUUCACAGAGUUGUAUGAAACAACCUUUAGCACCUGCUGUGGGAAUACAUGUACCGCCAUCCCUCCUCAAAAGGUAGCCUAUAUAGUACAGUCACAGCCUUUAAUACCAGAAAAUAGAUUGCAGAUGGUAUUGGGAAUUGAUCUAUACUCAUUUUUUAUUUGUAUUUUACCAUUAUUUAACUAGGCAAGUCAGUUAAGAACACAUUCUUAUUUUUAAGAAGGUAUCAGCUCUGAAAGAACCAUAGAAAUGACACGUGUAUUUACCAUGUGCUAUUCCGUUAUCUCCAAGAUUGCUACGGCAGCUUGGUUCUCGAGUCAUUUCAGGCUGCCUUUAUCAAUCCUGCCCCAUUGUUUGUAUUUCUCUUCACGAAAGUACUAUAGCUUUAUAAACUCCGACAUGUUUUUCAUUGUCCAUUCUUUUCCCCUCACAAAUAGGUGUGUGGUUUUGUAUUUUUCUAUUUGUAAACAGCUUUCUGGUGCACAUGGUAGCCAUUUGAGAGAGAGAAAAUAUUCUGGAAAAUAGUAGCAUCCUGGUUAAUCAAUGUAAUAUUUCAACUUGUCUAAAUUGUACAGUGUACCAAUAAAAUUAUCUGUCAUAUCAUUUGUA